UGUCCCACUGUAGGGGGGUAUUUUUGGGGUGUCCCUUGUGUCCCACCCCCCUCCCGCCGUUCCAGCUCCCUGGGGCCGCCGGGGCUGGAAGCCCUUCCAGGCCGUUCUCCGCGGGACCUUCCUGUUCUUCCUCAAGGCCGGGGGGGGGGAACCGGGGGGUCUCCCGACGCCCCUCAGAGCCGGGACUCCCCGGGGCCCCCCCCGGAGGAGGGUGGGGGGGCCGAGGAGCCCCUGGGGGUCCAUCAUGCCCUGGCUGAGAGGGCCCCCAAAUACACCAAGCGGCCCAACGUGUUCCGGCUGCAAACGGCCGAGCGGAGGCUGUUCCUGUUCCAGGCGCCCACCCCCGAGGAGAUGCUGUCCUGGAUUUCCCGGAUCAAUCUCGUGGCCGCCCUGUUCUCCUCCCCUCCGUUCCCGGCGGCCGUGGGGUCCCAGCGACGCUUCGUGAGGCCCAUCCUGCCCACGGCCCCCAGCAGGAGCCCCCCGGAGGAGCAGCUGCGGUGCCACGAGCAGUGGCUGGAGCGGGUGGGGCAGGAGCUCCUGGAGCACCAGAGGCACCUCCCCGAGGGCCGGGGCCGUGCCCGGGACCUGGACGAGUAUCGGGUCAAGAAGGAAUUCCUGCUGGAGGAGCGCCGGCGCUACGAGACCUACGUGCAGGUGCUGGAGACGUGGCUGAACUCGGGCGCCCGGGACCUGGAGGGGUGGGAGGCACAGGCAGGGGGGGCCCCCCCGGACCCCCCCACUCUGACCAAGGCCCACUCGAGCCCCUCGCUGGCCCCUGAGCCCCCCCCCGGGCCCCACCGUCCGCGUCCGGAGGAACAUCUCGGAGCGAAGGACCGUGAGGAAAAUCGUCCCCAAGCGCAACAAGAACCUGCUGUGGACCCCCAAGUUUGAGCCACCCUGGGGGGAUUCAGGAGGGGGAAACUCAGGGAAACCACCCCUUUCCCCCUCCCAAAAAGGGGGCUGGGGGGGCUGAGGGGUGUAACUCCCCCCACCUCCCCCAGGACCCCCAGCCCCCCCUCUGCACUCGCUGCCUGCUGCUCUCUGUGUGCAAUAAAGGUGUGUCCCACCGCUGGCA